CGCCUGGCUGGGCUGCGGGGUCAGGGGCCGAGCGGAGCGGGCUAUCAUUUAAAAUGGAAGAAGAUGAAUUUUUUGGAGAAAAAACAUUCCAGCAUCAUUGUUCAGAAUUCAUUAAACAUUCACAACAGAUAGGUGAUGGUUGGGAAUGGAGAUCAUCAAAGGACUGUUCUGAUGGUUACAUGUGCAAAACGCAUUUUCAAAUAAAAAGUGGGACUAUGGUGUCACAUCCAGGAACAUAUGCUGGUGUACAGACAUGUCCUCCUGUGGAGGAGGUUUUAGAGGUACCCUUGGAUGAUUCUGAAGUGACGGAGACUGCAGCAGCAUCUGAAGUGAUUAAAUAUGAAUAUCAUGUCUUAUAUUCUAGUAGCUACCAAGUGCCUGUACUUUACUUUAGGGCAAGCUUCUUAGAUGGGAGACCGUUAGCCCUGAAGGACAUAUGGGAAGGAGUCCACGAGUGCUAUCAGAUGAGGCUGCUACAGGGACCAUGGGACACUAUUACUCAACAGGAACAUCCAAUACUUGGGCAACCCUUUUUUGUACUUCAUCCCUGCAAGACUAAUGAAUUCAUGGCUCCUGUAUUAAAGAAUUCUCAGAAAAUCAAUAGGAACAUCAACUAUAUUACAUCAUGGCUGAGCAUCGUAGGGCCGGUUGUUGGGCUCAAUCUUCCUUUCAGUUAUGCCAUAGCAACUUCUCAGGAUGAGUCAAAUGCCCUUUGACAAGCUAAUAUAACGCAAAGCACCUUCAGUGGAGAAUAAGGCUGAUUUUGUGUAGCUUUGGAAAAUUUGCUUUGCGUUUUGAGUCCUCAGUUUCCUCAUCUGUACAUCGGGGAAAAUCACUUACUUGUCCUUUGAGGCCUACUUGAACUGUUGGGUCUGCAGAAGUUCUGAGAACUAGACCCAGUCUGCUUAGCUGCUAACUGAGUGACUUGAGCCAAUUUCCUUCAUCUCCUUUGUUGUUGUUGUUGUUUUUGUUGUUUUUUACUAUUUCUCUAAAAUAAAGACCACAUGUCUAUCUUGCUUACCUGA